ACAAAAUUCGCACCCCGAAAAGAAAAAGGCCAAAAAAAAAAAGAAAAACAGAGAGAGAAAUAGGGCCGAUGAAUUCAGUCUUCUCCGUGGACGAGAUCUCCGACGGCCUCUGGUCGUCGUCGCCGGCGAUGAAUCGGAGCGCCUCGGAGUGGGCACUCGAGCGGUUUCUGGAGGAGUUUUCUUCCCCGGUGACGACUCCUCGGCCUCCGAUCGCAGAUUCCUUGGCUGUGCCCUCCGUCGCUUCCCCUUCCGUCGCUUCUCAAUCGUCCACCUCGAAGCGCCACGACGGCGACGACGAGGUCGUCGAAAUCAAGAAGCCUGACAACCGCCACGCCUCGUCGUCGGAUCCUUCUUCAACGGCUGUGAUUGAUUCCGAUCAGUAUCGCGAAUUCCUGAAAAACCAGCUCGAUUUGGCUUGCGCCGCCGUUGCUCUCACACGCGAGGCGUUGUCUGCGAAGCCUGGCGAUUCUGCUAAUGCAUCUCGGAGUCAAUUGCAGGUGUCGAUACCUUCUCAAUCGGGAUCCGUGGCUCUUGAUAAAGGUAUGCUUAAUGGUCGCUCAAUGCCACAAAAUGAGUCUGAUGAUGGACCACUUGGCAUUCCGGCAUUACCUCCUAUACAGAAGAAAAUGGAAACCCAAAGUAAGCAAACAACCAGUGGAUCAUCAAAAGAGGAUUCAGAUGAUGAUGAGCUUGAUGGGGACAUGGAAAUCACGGAGAAUAUGGAUCCCUCUGAUGUAAAACGUGCUAGGAGGAUGCUGUCUAAUCGAGAGUCAGCUAGACGCUCAAGAAGAAGAAAACAAGCACAAAUGAGUGAACUUGAGACACAGGUUGGUCAAUUGAGGGUUGAGCACUCUACACUGUUAAAGCGUCUUAGUGACAUGAAUCACAAGUAUGAUAAUGCUGCUGUUGACAACAGAAUCUUAAAAGCUGAUAUUGAGACAUUAAGAGCAAAGGUUAAGAUGGCUGAAGAGACAGUUAAGAGAGUGACAGGGAUCAACCCUCUACUUCUAGCCGUUUCUAACCUCACUGCUGCUGGCGUUCCAUCGGUUAAUGUCCCGAUGGAUGCAUCUACCAAUGCUGCUGUCUCUAUGCAGCAGAGCCCCAAUCAGCUCUUUCACCAAGCAGUUCCUGGUAUAACAACUGCCGUUCCGCAUCAUCAGAGAUUGGAUGGAAGUUUUCACGGUAGUACCUCAAUUCCACUAGCAGGAAACCUGAAAAACGAUGUUGCCCCACAGAGUGAUGUUGGUGGAAACAAGUUGCCUUCGAUUCAUCCAACGGCAAGACUGGCAAACAUGCAGAAGCAGCUUGCUCCGGGAGCCAGUCCGGGCGAGGCAGUACCUGGUUGGGGACCAGAAGUUGCCAAAAAUAACAAGCAGAAUCAUAACAAUAUGUAAUGCCUCGUAUGCCCUCCUUAUCAUGGUGUUGUGGGGCGUUGCAAUUUGUUAACGAAGCUAAAAUAAGAUACUGGUUCCGCAUUAUGUCUUAUGUUUUUGUUGCGUCGUUCUAGUCCAUUAUUCGCAAAGUCGAUUUAAUUUGGUUCUCAAGUUGAGAUAGGCUAUGUUUACCAUGAAAGUAUUUUUAUUUCCCCCAUCCUGCGAUCAAAAAAAUUGCAGUGAAUAAAGAAAGACUGCUAGAUCCGUGAUGCUUUAUCAUAAUA